UACAAAAGUGUCAUUUUGAACGAAAAUGACAAACGUGCCCAAACCUCAGGGACGAUUUUGGCAAUUAACUCAAAAAUUUAAUUUCCCAAAAAUCAAUAAUUUGGGUGAAUCCGUGACACCGCGUGAACACUAUACUACUACCUUUGCUGGAUCCGGUUGUCCUUUGCUAGGUUGUCUCCUCUCCUACUUUCUCUCUCUUUCUCCCUCUGCUGCAUGGUUGAAGAACAGAACAGAACAGAACAAUUGUGUUCCUUCUUCAAGUAUGAAGAUUGUGAUCUCGAUUCUCCUUUUGCUAUGUUGCAUCUCCACUUGUUUCUCCUCUCCGGUUUCCGUUUCAGAUGGUGUCCUCAACUCUGAUGUUUCAAUCGGACGAAAUCUUCUUCAGGCCAAGAAACCUUGCCCAGUAAACUUUGAGUUCAUGAAUUAUACUAUCAUCACAAGUCGUUGCAAAGGACCUCGAUACCCUGCUGAUAUUUGUUGUCAAGCUUUCAAAGACUUUGCUUGCCCUUAUUCUGAUGACCUAAACGACUUGUCCAAUGAGUGUUCAUCAACAAUGUUCAGCUACAUCAACCUCUACGGAAGCUACCCACCUGGCCUCUUUUCUAGUCUGUGUCGGGAUGACAAAGUUGGUCUCAUCUGCCCUGCUUUAGCACCAGGAGCAGGCAAGAACAGUGUCGCGGCUGAUUCAAACAACGGCAACCACAUCCAUAGUCCUAUUAUAUUGACGUUGGUUGUGGGAUACCUGAUAUUCAUGUUCUUGUGAAGUUACUGGGUCAAGAUCGAUUAUCCACGUUGUAAGCUGCUAUGUGUUUCAAAUAUUAUAACUUUAACCACGCGUAUUUGAUGGUACCCUCAUGAAAUUCUUUCACCUUCUUGUAUGAUUGUUAUUUAGCUAAUCUAUACAGGAAAACAUAUUUUUUAUAACAAACUUGUGUAAGAGGGUUUGUUCCGCAUCUGUAUUUGCAGUUUUCUUGUGUUGUUGUCUUGGUGUUCUGUAAUCAAUCACGCUAUCAGUGUCGUCAGACCUGUUCUAUGACAAAGUCUCCUUUGUGGUUUUGAUGA